AUGAGUAUACAUACUCAUUUAGAAGAUUUAUCGAAUGAAAUUUUUUUCGAAAUAUUUGAUUAUUUACAUGCACUUGAUAUUUUGACUGGUUUUACUUCAUUGAAUCAACGAAUUUCAUCUAUUUUGCAAUCUAUUCCAUUUCGUAUUAUUAUUCCACAUAAUUAUUGUCGUCGUCAAAUUGAUUUUCUUUCUUAUUAUCUUACUUUUCAUGCUCAUCAAGUUAUUUCAUUAGAAAUUCAUGAUAUAAUUCUUGAUUAUUCAUCUGUUAUUAAUUUAUUAUUUAAUCGACAUAAUUUUAUUAAUCUUCAAUCAUGUAUAUUUACUUCAAUUAAUUCAUCAACAAAAUUUGAAAAUGUUUUUAAACAAAUUCAAAGUUUAAAUAGACUUGUUAGAUUUAGUCUUCUUGAUCCAUAUUUUAAUUUAAAUGGAAAAGAUAAAUGUGAUUUAACUCGCAUGAUGUUAAUGCACAAAUCAUCUUCUCUUCAUUCAAUAAUACUUGGAUAUUGUUAUGAUUAUUUAGAUAUAUCAAAUUAUACUUCAAUAUCUUCAAAUCUUACAUCACUUCAUUUACGUCUAUAUUGUACAUCUUCAACUGUAAUUCUUUUUUUAGUUUUAUCAAUUUUUCGUGUUUGUCAUGGAAUUCGACAUUUAGGCUUAAGAAUAGAACAGAAAUAUUCAGUUGAAAAUAAUAACGUCAAGUAA